UUCCUUGGGGUGCCCUCGGGCUGCCUUUGGGGUCACCCCGCUGGGUGCCCGGGGACCGGGGCUGGCCCGGAGCGGGGCUGACCCGACUCCCGGAGCCUGCGGGACGUUACGGCGGCGCAAAGCCCCGGGGCCGCCCCCGCUGCUCCCCCCCCGCCCCGGCGGACGAUGAUCGCCGUUUCCAUCCCCGCGGCGGAGCCGCAGGCGGCGGCGCGCAGCCCCGACAAGGCGCACACGGUGUACAGGGUGGAGGUGCUGUGCAACGGCCGGCGGCACACGGUGGUGAAGCGUUACAGCGAGUUCCAGGCGCUGCACAAGCGGAUCAAGAAGACCUGCAAGGUCCCCGACUUCCCUCCCCGCCACGUCCCCAACUGGAUGCCCAAAGUGCUGGAGCAGCGCCGGCAGGGCCUGGAGCUUUACAUCCGGGGUGUCCUGUACCACAACGAGGAGCUGCCCCAGGACGUGCUGGACUUCCUGAAGGUGCGGCAUUGCCAGCAGGACCCCAAGGCCAGCAGCCCCCCUGCCGGCUGCCUGCCCUCCCAGCGGCCUGUCGUCGGCUUCUGCACCGACCCCUACGUGCGGCCACCGGGCACCGACCUGCUCCCCAACACCAUCCUCAGUGGGGUGCUGCAGGGCCUCUACAUCCCCUGAGCUGCAACCCCAGCCAGGCAGUGCCCCUAGCCCCCAGCCUGCCAGGCUUCUGAGCACCCACCCAGCACUCAAGGGCCACAGUGGUGAGCAGCCAGGCAGCGGAAAGGAUCCCUGCAGUAAGAAGAACUCCUCCCUGCUGGGAUGGGGCAAGAAAACUGGGUGAGAGAAGCCAAAGGCGUAUGGUGGGGAGCCACAGCUGCUCUCCAGGCCAGUGCUGCUCACCCACCACCAUCCAAAGUGCCUUUGUUAGGGAGCAGGAGCUCUGCCUUCUGCCGUGAUGUUUUGGGGUUGUGGUAGGAGCCUUUGGACCCUGAACCACGAUGGAAAACCCCUCAGCAUCUGGGCUUCGGUGCAAUAAAUCACUUGGGCUUGAUUGGCAAAA